AUGGCACCAACACUGAGGCAGCUUGCUGUUUGCUUCGCACUGCUCCUUAACUUGCCUUCCAUCCUGUGCUUCUCUCCCUCGCCUGCUUUUGCGCGAGCAUGGAGCAUCCGAGGUGCAAGGAAGAGCAUGGGUAGGCCUCAUGCCAGACUGGGAGGAGGAGUCAAGCUGCGGAUGGCGAUGCAGGAAGCUGAGGAAGGAGGAGCAGGAGGAAGAGGAGGAGGAGGUCAGAGCACGAGCGUGAUGCUGACCCGGGAGUGGUUCGCCUCCUCUAACGUCAUGGGGGAUCUGCUCACAGACGACGGCAUCCCUGUGGCGCAGCUCAGCCAGACGAGUCGCUUCAACUGGUGGAACGAGCUGCUGACUCUAUGGGGCAGUCGCGUGCUGGAGCGCAUCACGAACCGGAUGGCCUUCACCAUCGCCUGCUCCAUCGCCGUGACCACCUUCAUCAACCUCGGCGACAUGCCCAGCAGCGGCUUCACCUACGUCACCGAGUUCGAGAUCCCCGGGUGGCCCCACGAGCUCAUCGGCGGUUUCCUCUCUAUCCUCCUUGUCUUCCGCACGGACCAGGCGUACGACAGGUUCUGGGAGGGCAGGAGGAAGUGGGCCGAGCUGUCCUCCACCUGCCGUGACAUGGGCCGCAUCGCCAUCUCGAACCUCGACAGGCGGACGGCAGCUGAGCUGCUUGCCAGCAUCGCCGUCUUCCCCGUGACCCUCAAGCAGCACCUGCGGGGCACGAGCAACAGCCGGGAGAUUGCGACCGUGAUCAACACGUACCUCCCUGCCAACAGCUCCCUCAUCGACAUCGUCGCCUCCUCCCGCACGAUGCCUGUCACUGUCCUCCUCAGCAUGUCAAACUGCAUCUCCAAGUUGCGCCUUGCGCCCCGGCACGAGCACCUGGAGAUCGUCUGGCAGCUGCUGGAGCAGCGGGUGGACAAGCUCGCAUCGAUCGUGAGCGACUGCGAGAAAAUCAACCGCUUCUUCUCCAUCUACACCCUCACCCUCCCCUUCGCGCUGGUCAAGGACACGAGCCCCGUGCUCGUCCCCUUCAUCACAGCCUUCGUCAGCUGGGUCCUGUUUGUCACCGACGAGAUCGGUCACGUCAUCGAAGAACCGUUCGGCAACGGACUCGCCAAGGACCCGGACACCAUCUCGGGCAAGGGACAG